GGCAGGAGCAGGAAGGUGCAUACAUCCAAUCAUCCACUAAGCUCCGGAUGUAGGUACCGCACCGAGAUAGUGUCCACUUGACCACCUCGCAACCCGGCAGCUCGCGCAUGCUUAUUCCUAAUGACGCAGCACAGCCGGAGCGUUGGGGACAGUAGAUUUUCCUGUGCCUGCCACUAAUGAAUAAUAAACGUAUAGCGCUAUCCUGGACCAGGCGACUAGUCCGAGGCUUCUGUGUGGGCAGUGGGGCUGAUGGGCCCGUUGAACACGGACUGGUGAACCAGACAGGCCCUAAAAAAACGAUUGUGGGUUUGCAAACGAAGAAAGUUAAGCCCAGAGCAGGAUCGAUACCCCCUCAAAGGAAUCAUGCAGUGUCUAUGGGAAUCCUGUGGAUGGUCAGAAGGUGGAGGGAGAGCAAAAAAAAAGAAAAGAAGAGAAAAAAAAAAGCAAAAAGGGACAGGCUCGACGGUAGAUCAACCAAGGAGAACCUGUUUUCCCAAACCCAUCGGUCCGGGUCGCAGCGAAAUUAAGUCAAGAAUGUUACACACGGCGCCUGCCUCUAUUCUGAGAUGUCAAUUGAGGGAUGGCAAAGGUGGGUAGAAGGGCAGGACUUUUUGGGGGGGGGGGUGGUGGAAGUAGUCCACGGAGGCUGACGGAGCACUACUACCGGGCGACAGGCGACAGGUAAGAAUGG